UAAGAGAAAGCCACAGGGAGGGCACCCAGAGGAUGGGGAGCAAACAGAGCCAGCUCUUCACGGGACUUUGAGAUCCCCAGCUCCUGUAAAUGGUGACCAGGCCCGUGUGCUGCUGCCUGGCCGUGCCCCUGCACCACCCAAAGAUGACCAGAGGGAUGGGACUGUUCCUGCUGCUCCUCUGGGCAGCAGACACACCUCAGGGUGCAGCAGUUCAGGUUUUGCCACCUGUAAACUUCACCCUGACAGUCUCUGCAUUAGCACAAGUGCUGUUGCACUGGGAACCAAACCCUGCUCAGGAACAAAGCAACUCCACCAUUAGAUACGACGUGGAAAUCCUGAGCCCUGUGCCGGAAGAGUAUGACACCAAGAGGACUCAGAGUGUCCGAACUGUGGCGCUCCACGACGGCUUCUCGGCGCGCGUGCGGACCCUGCUGCUGCAGGGGCACCUGCAGAUGGGCAGUGCCUGGGUGCAGGGACACCUCCCACCUCUGCCAGGUGCUGCAGGGACCUCUGUCACCAACCUGUCCUGUGUCACUCGUGUCACCAGCGCUGGCAGUGCCUCUCUCCGUUGCACUUGGCUCCCUGGCCAAGGGGCGCCAGAAGACACCGAAUAUUUUCUGUUUUACAGGUACGAGGCUCACACGGAGGAAUGUCCCACCUACAGCAGGGACAGGUGGAACAGGAACAUUGAGUGCAGAUUUUCAAGGACUUGGAUUAAACCUGGGGAGAUUGACAACCUCAUUGUCAUUCACAUUAAUGGCUCCAGCAAACGUGCUGCAAUCAAGCCUUUUCAGCAGCUAUUUAACCAAAAUGCCAUCGAGAAAGUGAAUAUUCCCAGAAAUAUCAGCGUAUCCCUGCAGCAAAAUGAUCUCCUGGCCGUGUGGGAGAAGCCAAUUUCUCCUUUCCAUGAGGAAUGUUUUGAAUAUGAAUUUUAUCUCACCAACAUGAGGUCAGGUAACAAGCAGAUCCUGAAAAUCCCCUCCAGCAGCUUCCGAGUGCGGCUGGACGGGAGCAGCAGGUAUUCCCUGAGGAUCAGGGCCAGCCACAACCACCUCUGCCGAGCCAGGGGCUUCUGGAGUGACUGGAGUGAAAUCAUCCACGUGGGCCAAAAUAAACUGGAGAAUUCCACAGCCUGGAUACUCACUCUGCUCUGUGUGUCCACAUCCUGCUCAUUCCUGCUUGUUGCUAUAAUAUGCAAAAUAAACCACGUUUGGAGCAAACUGUUCCCACCAAUCCCAACGCCCAGCAACAAAUUCCGAGACCCUUUCCCAGUUGACUAUGAGAGGGCACGGACCUGCGGCAGCUCCACGGAGACCGAGGUGGGCAGGCUGCCCCAAGGCCUCUCCUGCAGUGUCCUGGAGGACUCCGUGUUCUGAGAGGCUCCACGGUGCCACCCACCAGGGCAGGGUCACCUCUCCGUGUCCCUGUUCCCAGUGGGGAGCAGAAUUUGCCUCCACCAGGCGCCUUUUUACCAAGCAGAAGGCGCCGGCUCAAGCAGGAUUUGUGGCACAAGGGCUGUGUGGGGAAACAAAAGCUUGCAAAAGAGCCAAUGGAUUCAUUUCUCCUGGUUGGCAGCUUAAUCUUUUGGGUGUUUGCUUUACCUUGCUCUGACAACUGGAGAUGCAAACUGGGUUUGGCACGGCCCUGUGGAUGCAGCAAGGUGAUCCUGGCAAUGGCCAAGAGGGGUCAAACACUGGGAAAAGAAGAAAAAAGUUGGGAAGUGCCCAGUGCUGCCACCCCCAGUGCUGCCACCCC